UCCUUCAUCUUGAUGCAUAAAUAGAUCCCCACAUAUCCACUUCCACCAUUGUAAUUAUAUUGAACAUAAUGUACAUUUGUAUAUGGGUUUGGCUAUUAUCUAUAUCUCAUCCACAUUGGUUUAUUGACUCUUGUUAUUAGCUCUUCUGUUACAAUCAUGGAAGCUGCUGUGCCUACAUUUGUUGAUGUUGCUUCUCUAAACCGGAGCAGUUUCCCGGAAGGUUUCAUCUUUGGUACCGCCUCCUCCGCCUACCAGAGUGAAGGUGCUGCAAAUGAAGGUGGCAGAGGACCGAGUACAUGGGAUACUGCUACUCAUAAAACCCCAGAAAAGAUAAAGGACAGAAGCAAUGGAGAUGUAGCUUCGGAUCAGUAUCAUCGCUAUAAGGAAGAUGUUAAGAUCAUGAAGUACAUGAACACUGAUGCAUACAGAUUCUCUAUCUCAUGGUCAAGAAUAUUGCCUAAAGGAAAAAUAAGUUCGGGAAUAAACCAAGAAGGAAUCACAUAUUACAACAACCUGAUCAACGAGCUACUAGAUAAUGGUCUUAAACCAUUUGUGACCCUUUUCCAUUGGGAUCUUCCCCAAGCCUUAGAAGAUGAGUAUGGUGGCUUCUUAAGCCCUCACAUUAUAAAUGAUUUCCAGGACUAUGCAGAGCUUUGCUUCAAGGAAUUUGGAGAUAGAGUGAAGCUUUGGGUUACUGUUAAUGAACCUUUUGCUAACAGUUUGUGUUCUGAGCCCUACACGGCCUCACAUUACCAACUCCUUGCUCAUGGAGCUGCUGUGAAAAUCUACAAAACCAGUUAUCAGGCAACUCAAAAGGGUUUGAUUGGCAUCUCCUUGCAUUCACACUGGUUCGUGCCCUUCUCAGAUGACAAAGAAGAUCAUCAAGCUGCCAAACGUGCUCAUGAUUUCAUGUUUGGAUGGUUCAUGAAACCAUUGACAAAAGGAGAGUAUCCAAAAACCAUGCAAUCUUUGGUGGGAAACCAAUUACCAAACUUCACUGAGGAGCAAUCCAAGCUACUUGCUGGCUCAUUUGAUUUUAUUGGAAUAAAUUACUACACCACGAUGUAUGCUGCCAAUAUGCCCAAUCCAAGUAGUGAUCACCCAUAUGACAAUAUUUCUCAAGUCAAAUUAACCAAUGAGCGUAACGGGAUACCAAUUGGAUCAAGAGGUGCUUCACCAUGGUUAUAUGUUUAUCCGAGAGGGAUUCGAGAACUAUUGUUGUAUAUAAAGAGAGAGUAUAACGACCCUGUAAUUUACAUAACAGAAAAUGGCAUGGAUGAAUUCAAUGAUCCAACACUGCCACUUGAAGAGGCACUUAUGGAUACUUACAGAAUUGAUUACUUCUAUCGCCAUCUUUAUUAUGUUUCAGCUGCAAUCAAGGAUGGUGUGAAAGUACAAGGAUAUUUUGCAUGGUCACUUUUGGACAGCUUUGAAUGGGGUGGUGGUUACACCAAGCGUUUUGGAAUCAACUUCGUCGAUUACAAGGAUAAUUUGAAAAGAUACCAAAAGCUCUCUGCCCAUUGGUUUAGGAAAUUUCUUGAAAAACAUUAAAC